AUGGAUAAUACAACACACCGCACAAGUUAUCUUACCGGCGGGAAUCGUCGUGGGAGUUAUGCGUCCGGCGGAUCCUUCGAUGCGGGCGUGACGUCCACAACUGCAGUCGCGACGGGCGUGGGGGCCGAAGACGAAGACCGCGAGGCGGUGGUGGAGCGCAUUCUGAAGGGCACCGAUCCCUCCGUGAUGUCCACACCGGUGUACUUUGAUUACAAGAGAGAUGCGCGGGUGUACCGCUUCUUUCCCAGUGUGGGCCAAACCGCAAAGCACCUCGUCAUGGACGGCAGUACUGUACGCAAGGACGAUCCAGAGGCACUGCAACAGGCGGAGGAUAGACAACGCCGUGAGCAAGAAACAGAGCUCGCCGCACGCGCAGAGUUAAAUCCAGAUUUGGUGGAUGAAGGUGUCUCAACAAGUAUUCUUAAAAAUCAGUUUAACUACAGAGAACGCGGCAGUCAAACGAUGAACAAUCCGAUAAAGGAACAAUGUGUUGUAACAGAUCCACCACCAUCAAUGAAUUUCAGCGCCAUGGCAACUGCAUGGGAAAUCUAUGAUGCUUAUGAAGAGGAUCGUAUUCAAAAUGAAAAGGCUGCAGCAGCGCAGAAAAAGGCAGCUACCCAUCGCAGUAAUAAAGAAGAUGAAAAACAUAUUCCUAUUGUUGAGGAAUCCAAUGAUAUUAAAACUCCAGAGGAAGUUUUAACUUCAACUGGGUUUCGUCAUGCUCUUAAAAUUGUUGAGAGGAUGGUUAACCAAAAUGAUUGCUAUGAUAUCAUUGAAGACUUUAAAUACUGGGAAGAUGAGAGUGAUAUGUAUAAGGAAGAUGGAAAUCUUCUUCCAUUAUGGCAAUUUUUUACGAAUAAAGUGAAGCAUCGUGCUGUCACUAGUAUUGCCUUGAAUAAUCGCUAUAUGGAUUUAUUUGCCGUUGGUUAUGGAAGCUAUGAUUUCCAACGGCAAGGGAAAGGUGCCGUUCACUGUUUUUCUCUUAAAAAUUCAGUACCAACUCUACCUGGAAACCCAAUGCCAGCACAUCCAGAGAUAUCUUUUAAUGUGGAAAGUGGAGUUAUGUGUCUUGCUUUUCAUCCUGAAGAAACUGCUUUACUUGCUUGUGGUUUAUAUGAUGGAUCUGUUUGCGUAUUUGAUUUACGUAUGCAAGGUAAAGAUGGAAAAGAAAGUACAAAACCAAUUUGUCAGGCAGAUGUGCGCUCUGGUAAACACACCGAUCCUGUUUGGGAGAUUCAUUGGUGUCGUCGCACUAUAGAUCUCCAGUUUUAUUCCAUCAGUACUGAUGGACGUAUUACCAGUUGGUCUGUACACAAAAAAGAAUUGAUAUUUAAAGAUGUUAUGACUAUCACAACAGGGGCAUGUCCUUCUGACCCUGAAGCAAUGCUGCUUAGUAGAUUAAGUGGUACUUGCUUUGAUUUCUCUGCCACAUACGAUAGCCUCUUUAUUGUUGGUACGCAAGAGGGAUCUGUUAUGUUGUGCAGUAAAGGAUAUAAUGGACAAUGUCUGGAGCGUUAUGAUGGACAUACAAUGCCAGUGUAUACGUGUCGAUGGAAUCCCUUCCAUCCAGAUGUAUUUCUUACUUGUUCCGCUGAUUGGACCGUGAAGUUGUGGCUGAAGAGUUCUACACAACCAUUAUUGACAUUUGAUGUGGGUGAUUGUGUGGGGGACAUUGCAUGGGCACCAUACAGCUCUACUGUCUUCGCAGCCGUUACCUCAAAUGGAAAAGUUUUUGUGUUUGAUUUAAAUAAAAACAAACGGGAACCAUUGUGUACACAGACUGUUGUGAAAAACGCGAAACUUACCCAUGUUGUAUUCCACAAACAAGAUCCUGUCGUGUUGGUAGGCGACUCACGAGGGUCUGUACUUAUAUUGAAAUUAUCACCUAAUUUACGUACGCUGUGUAAACCAAAGAAGGGUGAACCCGAUGACCCGAAGAGUCUUCGCAAGCUUGAAGUGGACAAACUAAAUCGACUGAUAGAUAUAACCUUAAAGGAUAGAGUACUACUGGGGCAGUCGUAA